CAUUAAAGAUUGGAAAACGAGGCUGAGCUACUUCCUGCAGAACUCUGCCAAUUCCACUAAAAUGAAAUCUAAAAAAGUGGGAAAACACCGCACCUACUUCAGACCUUCUCCUGAAGAAGCACAGCUGUGGUCAGAAGCCUUUGACGAACUUCUUGCUAAUAAAUAUGGUCUUGCUGCUUUCCGAGCUUUUCUGAAGUCUGAGUUCUGUGAAGAGAACAUCGAAUUCUGGUUGGCCUGUGAGGACUUCAAGAAAACCAAGUCACCCCACAAGCUGACAUCAAAAGCAAAAAAAAUCUACAAUGACUUCAUUGAAAAGGAGGCUCCCAAAGAGAUAAACAUAGACUUCCAAACCAAGAACAUGAUUGCACAGAAUAUUCAGGAAGCCACACAUACCUGCUUCAGUGCAGCACAGAAGAGAGUUUACAGUUUAAUGGAGAAUAACUCAUACCCACGGUUUUUGGAAUCUGAGUUCUAUCAGGAGUUGUGCAAGAAGACACCCAUCACCAGAGCAGCCCAGGGGACAUGA